AUGAAGACGCCAGAUCGGGAGCCAAUAAUCCCGAGGCGUCGCUCCUCGACCCUCCACUACCACACCUUUGACACACCACCGCCAAAGUCUCGCGGCAGACCCAAUUCUGGCCAGUCCGCUUCGUCAGGCGAGGACUCACGCCAUCCCCACCAUGAUACUCCAGAUGAAACUACAGCACAGUCUCCUCUUCCCAAAAAGCAGAUGAUGGUGCUGGCACUUAUCGCCUUUUGCGAGCAGACGGCCUUCAAUUCAAUCAGUCCCUAUCUUCCUGAUAUGGCGUCGUCGUUUCCCGAGGUGAAGCCGGGCAUGGUUGGUGUAUAUGUCGGAAUGAUUGGAACGGCCUUUGCGGUGGCGCAGCUCGUUACCAACUAUUUCUGGGGUUGGAUAUCGGAUCGAAUUGGACGGAAACCCGUCAUACUGCUGGGUACAAUCCUUACCGCGGUGUGUUUCGUCGCAUUCGGGUUCUGCAGUACGCUAUACCAGGCCGUUGCAGUGCAGGCGUUAAUGGGCGUGGUCAAUGGAAACCAGGGCCUGGUGUCCACCUGCCUCGGUGAAAUCACCGACAAGAGCAACCAGUCCAAAGCUUUUACCUACCUACCGGUUCUGUACGGCCUCGGUGGAAUUACUGGCCCUCUGCUUGGUGGCCUCCUUGUCAUUCGAGAGAACCCGUUCAAGAAAGGGGAGCCAAACCCAUUCCCGUAUCUUGCUCCAAAUCUGCUAUCCGCCGCAAUUUUAGUGAUAGACUUUGUUAUUUGCCUGAUAUUUCUCGAAGAAAGUCUGGAUGAUGCAGAUACCUUGCCUAAGUUCGGCAAGAAAAUCCGUGAGAUGUUUUCAUGGCUUUGGCAGAUUACCAGUUUUGGGCGGCGACCUCGCAGCGUUCGACCGAACCUUCCCUACCGUCUACUUCGCGAACAAUCGGCGGAAGAGCAUGACAGUGAUUUAGAUUCGGCUUCAGAAGUAUCCUCUGAGAACCACGGCCACGAGUCCCUGACACGGAGCGAGCUGCUUAAUCGUGAUACAGUCCUCCUGCUCCUGACAUACCUUAUAUUCGCUCUUUGCAACAUCGCCUUCAAUGCGCUAUUCCCGAUAUUCUCACAAGCUGCGCCCCCAAUCGGACGUGGUCUUACGCCGUCUGAAAUUGGCCUUGCACAGGGCUUCUCUGGUGCCGUAACUAUAAUUUUCCAGAUUUGCAUCUUUGGCCAGCUGCGGAAUAAGAUGGGUAACCGGUGGUCAUACCGAGUUGGUCUGUUUGGCUUCGUCGUCUCCUUUAUCCUCAUGCCAUUUAUUGGGUACAAGGGUAACGAUGCUGCAAACCAUGGAUUAACAGGUAAAACAACCUUGAUGGCUCUCGAGCUCUGUUUCGUCCUGCUGGUCAAGACGGUGGCAUCUGUCGGUGGGUUGACCAGCGCGCUCCUCCUGAUCACAAACUCCGCCCCGGAUCACGCUGUCCUAGGCUCCCUGAACGGCCUCGCUCAGACCCUCUCCGCAGCCGGUCGAGCCGUAGGCCCAUUCCUAUCAGGCAGCCUGUUCUCCCUUGCAAUGCGCAUCCAGCCAAAAGGCGAAGCAAUCCCAUUUGGCGUCUUCGCCGCUGUCUCGCUCGUCGGGUUCUUCCUUAGCUUCGGAAUCCAGGGCCGCUCCCUUGAAGCCGAUGGCUGGGAUAGCCAUGACAACGAGAGUACCAAGUCCGAUGAGGACGAGGAGACAUGA